AUGAUCAUCAGUGCAGGAAACUCAAAUAGCCUAGAACUACGAUUACAAAGAAUCGGGGCCAAAGGAUUCAUUCAGAAUAGAGUGAGAUUUGUACAAGCCUUGUUUGAGAAUAUCCAAAGCAUUUGCCUUCAUGGAUCCAUCUCUGUCCCAAGAAAAGCUUCAGGAUACCUCAACAGCAAAGUAAAUUGCCAUUAUCUAUCUCUCUUCUCUCCGCAGUCUCGGGCCGUGAAUAAGUCAGGGAUAUCUACUGUGACACAGUUUGUCUUGUUGGGCUUUCCUGGUCCCUGGAAAAUGCAGGUCAGCCUUUUCUCAAUGAUUUCGUUGGUGUACAUCUUGACUUUGACUGGGAAUAUGGCCAUCAUUUGUGCAGUGAGGUGGGACCACCGACUCCACACUCCAAUGUACAUGCUCCUGGCCAAUUUCUCCUUCCUAGAUAUCUGGUACGUGACCUGCACUGUCCCCAACAUGCUGGUCAAUUUUCUUUCUGAAGCCAAGACAAUCUCCUUCUCUGGCUGCUUCACUCAAUUCUACUUCUUCUUUUCCCUGGGUACAACCGAAUGCUUCUUCCUCUGUGUCAUGGCUUAUGAUCGGAACCUUGCCAACUGUUGCCCACUGCACUAUCCCUCCAUCAUGACUGGACAGCUCUGUGGAAUUCUGGUGUCUCUUUGUUGUCUCACUGGUUUCCCUGGACAUUCUGUUCCCAUUUUCUUCAUUUCCCAACUACACUUCUGUGGUCCCAACAUCAUUGAUCACUUCAUGUGUGAUGUGGAUCCACUGAUGGCCCUGUCCUGUGCCUCAACCCCCAUCAUAGAGGAUGUAUUCCAUUGUGUGAGGUCUCUUAUCAUCAUUCUCACCAUUUUGUAUAUCCUUGGAUCCUAUGCCCUGGUGCUAAGAGUGGUUCUUCAGGUUCCUUCAUCAGCUGGUCGGAGAAACACGUUCUCUACCUGUGGAUCCCACUUGGUUGUGGUGUCUCUGUUCUAUGGAACCAUCAUGAUGAUGUAUCUGAGCCCCACAUGUGGCAAUUCAGUUGCUCUGCAGAAAAUCAUCACACUGAUAUACUCUGUAGUGACACCAGUCUUAAACCCCCUCUUCUAUAGCCUACGCAACCAAGACAUGAAAUAUGCUGUCCAUCAUGUCCCUUGUGGAAUGAGAAUUAUUCAGUGCUCCUGA